CGCCCUCCUCUGCGCGCAGUCAGAAGGAUCCCUAUAUUGCAAAACAUGCGUCUUUGCGGGGCAUGUGCUCUCAUGGCGCUUUUGUUUGUGUCAUCUUUGGACUCAUCAGAGUCCUACAAGACCAAGGUGCUGCCAGAAAAAGGUUUAAGCGUUACAGUGUCCAGCAAGCAGCCCGGCUGUGUCGUAUGCACUAUCAGUGGUGUUAAUGACACCCAGACGUCCUGUCAACCUUCUCUUAAUUUAGUGCCUGAAAAGGAAGUUAAACUGCUGUUUAACUGCUCCCAGCCUAUCGAACAGUCGUACAAUGUGGCAAUUAGCAGAUUAAUUGAAUGUACGGAGAAGAUGUGCGAGCCCACGAUGGUGGAAGUGCAGUCGUCCAUUCUGUCAGAGUUUACCAGAACUUUCACCUGGAAGCUGAAAGCGCCUGAAAAGACACUCGUGAGUCUGGACGUGCUUGGGAAUGGACUGACUAAGACUUCACAGCCUUGCUCUGAUGGAAAGCAGUACUCAGUGGACACAUCUGAAACAAAAAAGGGGGAACCAGUUCAGUACUGUCGUGGCGGUUCCGAGACGCGACUUGUCCUGUUCAAUGAAGGCGUCGUGUCCCUUGAAACUAAACCAAACAUAAAGGUGGAAUCUUCCCUGUUUCAGACCUCGCCCGGACCAAUGAAAAAAGCAAUGACUGUAACCAUUGGGCCCACUUCUACUGUGGUCCUGAGCCGGGAUCUUGGCCAGUCAGAAUGCGAAGUGUGCGUUCCUGGGGGCGCCAGUCCUGAUUGCAGCUCAACUGUAAAGACACUAAAAAGUGCCGAAAAGCUCCCUUUGGAGUUUAGUUGUAUGAAACCUCAAGAUGUGUUCAGUAUGACGAUGGCAACAAAACUGGAGUGCACAAAGAGUUCCUGUACCCCCGCUGGGGCCGAAGUAGAUCCAGAGCUGUUCAGGGACUUCAAAAAAACCAUGACAUGGGACAUUAGUGUUCCAGAGAUGACUACUUUAACUUUAGACUUUCCUAAGGAUGGACUAAAGGAAAUUUCUGCAUCAGAGAAUUGUGACGAUGAUUUUCUGUACACAGUCAAACAUGCGACGAGUGAUGGACAGAUGAAAACUAGCAGUUAUUGCAAAGGUGGGACAGUGUCUAAGCUUGACCUGUUCGGAGCGACGACUGUGACUGUUGAAGUGCCCAAAGAAGGAGAACUGGACCGGACUGUAUUCAGUUUAAAAACGGCACCGAUACGUGUACGAUCAGUUUCUGUGACCUCUGACCCCAACACGCACAUUAUCAUCAGUAGGAAGGCCAAAGAACCAGACUGUGCAAUCUGUGUAACUGAGGUCUCCAAAAAGUCCUGCAACUCACAAACGCAGAGACUGAAAGAUCCUCGCAACACUUCGGUGAACUUUACAUGUCCACGUCCGCAGGAUAUCUUCAGUGUGGAGAUUAACAGAGAAAUUGACUGCACAGAGACAAACUGUACUGGUGAUACCAUCCACGCCGAGACUAAUUUUUUCCCCGACUUCAACCGGAGCUUCACCUGGGACAUUAAGGUUGUCUCCACACGAGUUUUCCAGCUGGACUUUGCAGAAACAGGUUUGCGGCAAAUUCCCAGUGAAGACACCUGUCCAGAUGACCACACGUACUCUGUUAUCAUCUAUCUGCGCACCGGCCCAGCGAACAUCGGCACUUUUUGUAAAGGCGGCCCCGUGACCACAAUACAGGCUCGUCACAAGGGCCGUGUAACCCUGACGGUGCCCGGGGAUGCAAAGGUUGACCCUGUGGAUUUCAAACUUAAUGUUGGACCUGUGACAGAAGUGGCGGCCAUAAUUACAGUCAAUCUACCACGAGGCGUAUCAGACAUAGACCUACUCACACCCAACUAUCCUCGAGACUUCCCGGAUCAACAGCAGAUGCAGUGGGAGUUCACCAUCCCCAGCAAGCACAACUACACCGUUAACUUCCUUAAACACUCGGCCCCAGAGUGUCUUAGUGGUGAUGUGGUGGUUGAGUAUCAGAAGGAGGACACGAAGGUCACCAAACUGACUCUGACGGAUCCCCAGCCUCGGGAAGAGCAGGGCAGCUUUAAAUUGGUGUUAAAAAACUGUGAAACAAACACAACGCUAACAGGACUGAGCCUGAGCUACAGAGUUUCUCUGAAGAGAAGCGGCAUUCCAGUUCUCUGCACGGUGGAUCUAACCAAACACAAAGCGGUGUCCAUAGAGAUUGAGAAGGUGGUCUCUGACCCUUUUUGUGAGAUGAGCAUGAACAAUGAAGUGAAAGAGAAGAUAAUUGUGGCUAAAGGCACCACGGCCAAACUCUCCUUCCUCGACUGCCCAGAUGAUGGUUUUAACCUGACAGCGAGACAAGAUAUUGAGUGUGAAAACGUAACGUCGUGCCCUUCAACUUCCCUCUCUGUUCCCACUCUGGAUUCCUGUCUGCUGAUGCCCCUCCAGAGCGUCACGUGGAAAGUCAUCAUCCCCACCGAAGCCAAACUGGACCUGGUGUCUCCCACCGGGAGUCUCCGACAGUCCCUGCCAGGGCUGGAGUGCGAUCAGUCGUCAUCGCUGCACCUCGCCAGUGAUGAGGGCUUUUCCAUUGGAGACUUUUGCUCUGACGGCGUGAUCCAGAGUAUUCAGGUGCCCACCGGUGUCUCCGUCACAGCUACGGAGCGAGACUUCAGCAAGUCUAGUAUGCCUUUGCUGAAUUUCACAGUCAGUCCAAAGAGCACAGAAACCAUGAUCUACAGGAUCAGACCCAACAUGAUGUCCCCCACCAUACUGGUCACUCCAGGCUGGCCUGAGGGGAUGGAGUCCUUAUCCAUCGUCUCCUGGAUCGUUGAUCUUCCAAGUCAGUACAAAGCGUACCUCCAGUUCCCGAACGUCACCCAGCCCGAUUGCGCCGCCAGUCAAACACUCGUCGACGCGAAGUUGCUGGGCGGGAAGGAGGAGAUCAUGAGCCGCAAGGACACUGAAAAGUUGGAGAGCUUGUGGGUCAGGCAGAGCUUCUACCUGAACAUGUCCAACUGUAAGCCAGGGAGUGGAAUGUUUAAAGUUAAAACCACAAUUACUCUUCAGAAAACGACCAACCUGUUGGCCAUCAUUCUUGGUUUGUGUGGGGCUUUGCUGCUUCUGGUCCUGUUACUGGUUGUCGUGUGUAUUGUAGUGAGGAAAAAGAAAUCAAAAAUACGGAGCCAAGCCUCCAUCUACAUGGGCCAAGGAAAUAUCUUCCGUCCAAAUGACCAGCACUUCACCAAAGUCCGGUCCGACAACGAUUCCCACGUCUAUGACUCCAUAGACGAGACCAUGGUCUACGGCCACCUCCUAACUAACUCCAUCUACAACGACAGCAUGCAAUCCCCAAAAACGAACCACGAAGAGUCCUAUAAAACUUUUGUGGGUCACAUUGAUCGAACUGUGCCGGUUAUUAACGAACCUGAUCCCGAGGAGGGGAAGGGGCAUUACACCUUGCUGGACCCCUCUGACGCUUUAUUCCAGCCCCGUCCACGCACUCCCGUCCUGCGGCAGGAGAGUCUGGGCUUCGAGGACCGCAGGAUGCAGGAUAAUGAACUCCACACAUUCAAAAGCAAAGGGGACAUAAACACGAUCCGUCUUUCUGCCAUCGAUCUGGAGCCGGAGCCGGAGCCGCCGGUACUAGAGGAGAACUUUUAGCGUGGAAGGAGUUUCUAUCCAUGAGAUUGAUCCGUUUUACCGAAUUCUUGUCGCAUCACAAUGAAUCCGUGGACCGAGGUCACCAUGACACUCAGGGAAUCUGAGCUCUUUUUUAAAGCACCCAUGACUUCUCCAAACGGCUCGAGGAAUUAAAAUUUAAGAGCCUCGUCUCUGCUGGAACAGUUUUUGGGAAUCGGAUGCGCUCUUUUUAGGAGUCGAGGCCAGAGGCUUAACGCUGCUGACUCGGAAGCAGAGUUAAAAGCUGAAAACGCAAAUCUGUGACCGCUUGGGCUAUUUUUUAGCUUUUAUAAUUGUUCUUUUUUUUUUUUUGCUUAUUUUGAAGGGAACCAACAAAAUCAUUCUAAAAGCUUUGUAAAAUAUUUUCUACACUUGUUAGUUUUGUUUUUGACCCUUUUAAAAAAUAAUAAAAAGAAAUUGUACAUAUGAAUGAGGGAUAAAAACAAAUGUAUUAUUGACUUCCAGGGCAAAGUUGUGACAACCUUGAACUAAAAUUAAAAUAAAAGAUAGAAUGUGUAGUUAACCAGAAUUUCUGAACAUCACUUCAAACAUUUUCUUUUUUUUUGCCAAAAGACCUCUUUGCUCACCUUGUGCUGCUUCUAGUUUUUUUAGACACCAGACUGUUUCCACAUGCUAAUUUCAGAUGGCAAAAACAACUCAUAGAAGUUUUCUGUAUGUCUUUUGUAAAAUUAGGAACAUUUAAAAAAAAAAAAAAAAAAAAAAACUUUGAGGAAUUGUGUACAAAAUGCUCAUUCAAGUCUUAAAACCCCUUAACCUCAUUGUUGUUGUUUUUUUUAUUUUAAAUGAAAUAAAUUGCUACAAAAUAUA